UCCAGGAGAAGCAGGUAAAACUGAAUUUUUAAAACCUGCAGCAAGGCAACCUGUACAAAAUAAAGCAUUUGGGAUCAAAAGACAAGCUGAAACUAAGGAUGCUGCGGUGGAAAAGAAGCAAAAAAUAGCUUUUGGUGGUGUCUUAAAAAGGAAUGCCUUAGGGACAAUUCAACCAUCACAAGAAAGAAGUGUUCCUUUUUCAAACAGAACUAAAAGAGUUGCUCUUCAACCUCUAGCAGAUCCUGUGUUGGUGAGAGGCAGCAUGCCUGCUAUGAGUAUUGCAGCUUUAGUGCCAAAAGUAGCUCCCAAGGCGAAAAGACCAGCUUGGGACCUGAAAGGGAGAGUGCAAGACUUGGAUGAGGUUAUCCAAAAAGUGCAACAACGAAAUGCAUCUUUAGAAAAAAAUUUAGAAGAAACCAAUGGUCGAAUUGCUUCUUUAGAAGCUGAGAAAUGUAGGCUGAAUGAAAAUGUCGUUAUUAAAUCUGCCCAAACUGAAGAAGCAUCAUGUCAGAUUCAGAGGCUUACAGAAAGUUUAAAAAAAAAAACUGAAGAAUUUCAGGAAAAAGAAGCUGAAAUACGUGCUCUUAAAGAACAACUCGAAACCUUACAGAACAGUUACAAAAAUUUACAGCAGAUGUAUCAAGACGAAACUAGUGCUUUAAAAAGUAGUAUAAGUUCUCUUACGUGUUCAAAAUCUGGCCUUCAAGCUCAACUAGAUGCAACAGAGUUAAUGCUUGAAAAUGAGAAAAAAGAAACAAAAUUACUGAGAGCUAAGUGCUCGGGCUUGGAAUUAGACAAGGAAUCUUUGAUACAAAGUAAUUCUAAUUUAGAAGCAAAAUUAAGAGAAGGGGAAAGUGAGCGUCGAAUAUUGCAUAACACAGUGCAAGAACUGAAAGGUAAUAUUAGAGUGUUUUGCCGAAUCAGGCCUCCCUUACCAGAAGAAUUCAGGAAAAGUAUGACAUUGGCCAAUAUAGAAAAAAUUAGUGAAAAAACAAUUGAAAUACAGCAGACAACAGAUGCCAGUUUGAAUGAAAACAGCACCAAAGUUCCACCUAAGCAUGAAUUUUCUUUCGACUGUGUUUUUACGUCAACUGCUUCGCAAAAGGAAGUAUUCAAUGAAAUCUCUCAACUUGUUCAGUCUUCACUUGAUGGGUAUAAUGUCUGUAUAUUUGCAUAUGGACAGACUGGUUCUGGUAAAACAUUUACAAUGGAAGGUCCAGCUGACAUUGUAGAUUUUUCCUCACCAAAUCACGAAUCUAAUUUGGGCAUGAUUCCACGCUCCAUCAUUCAAAUCUUCCAGUCUAUCUCUGACUUAGAACCCAAAGGAUGGAAGUAUCGAGUAGAAUCUCUCUUCUUAGAAAUCUAUAAUGAACGUAUUCAGGAUUUACUCAACUCACAAAACUGCCAAGGAAAGAUUGAAAUUGUUAAAUCUGGUAGUAAAGGCACAGACUGCAAGUUGUCUAAUGUGACUCCCGCUGAAGUAACUUCUUCACAGCAGGUUUUUGAACUUUUGAAAAAAGCUAGAAUAAAUAGAGCAGUUGCUGCAACUAAGUGCAAUGAGCACUCGUCUCGAUCGCAUUUCAUUUUUCAGAUAAAAAUUUUUGGGGAAAAUUCUAUUACAGGUGAAAAAUGUGAUGGAACACUGAAUUUGGUUGACCUAGCUGGGAGUGAACGUGUCAAGGAAUCUGGCUCUGCAGGUGAUAGGUUAACUGAAGCAAAAGCGAUAAACAAGUCACUGUCUACUCUUGGAAAUGUCAUCAUGUCCCUUUCCAGAAAGGAAACCCAUAUUCCAUACAGAGACAGCAAAUUGACCCACCUGUUGGCAAAUUCUCUGGGUGGCAACAGUAAAACUUUAAUGUUUGUUAAUAUAAGUCCAGAGAAUGACAGUUUAAGUGAAACAAUAAAUUCUUUGAGGUUUGCAACAAAGGUGAAUCACUGUAAUAUUGGUACAGCCCAAAAACGGGUAAAGUAGUCCAAGCUGACUUCUGUUGAGUAAAAUUUAGUAAUGAAACUAUUGUGUGAAUUUCACUUGUGUAGAUAUCUGAUGGCUAUACUUGACCUAAAAGUAUUUUAAUAUAUAUAUAUAUUUAAGAUGUUAACGCUUUCUCAUGCGUCUGUUUACAUGCCAUGAAUGUAUUUUUAUUUUGUCAUCUCAGCUCUUUUGUUUUGAUAACAAUAAACUUUA